UUACUCGGCCAGAUUCCAAGUUUCUUAUAGAUCUACAAGUCCUUAGUGGGUUAUGACCAACGAAGAGAAACGUGCAGAUUGUGAAGAUAUGGACAAGAUCAGUUCGUUGCCUGAUGAGGUGCUCGUGAAGGUACUAAUAUCAUUUCUUCCAACAAAAGAGGCUGUAAGCACAAGUCUUCUAUCCAAGCGGAGGGAGGUUCUUUGGAUGUGGCUGCCUAAGCUUGAGUACCGUUGUAGUGACUUUUCAGUGCCUCAAGGCCAGAUGUUACGGGAAUUUAUUGAUUUGAAUCUGCCAUUACAUAAAGCUCUCGAAAGCUUGCGUCUCAAGUUUAGCCAUGGAGCAAUUGGAGGAAUCAAACCUAAAUAUAUCACACUGUGGGUUUCAAUUGCAGUUCUCCUCUGCGUCCGUGAGUUAAGUCUUAAGCUUUUUUCUUUUGCCAAUAGUCAAACUAAAUUGCCUUGUAACUUGUAUGUCUCCAAAUCGCUUGUGAUCUUGAAACUGGAGGACGACAUUUUCGUGUCUGUGCAUCGUAUGGUAUGUCUCCCCUCCCUCAAAACUUUGUCCCUUCGACGUGUGACCUACUCGUGUGAGAAUUCUCUUCACCAACUUCUGUCUAAGUGCCCUGUUCUCGAGGAUCUAUUUGUGGAACGAGAUAAAAUUGACAACUUGGAGAAAUUGAUAGUGAUGGUCAAGUCAUUGCAGAGACUAACCCUAAAGAUGUGUAGUCCUUGUUAUCUUGAUGGGAUUAUGAUUAAUACUCCUCUGAAGUAUUUGGAAGUCACUGAUCAUAGGCUAGAGAGUGACAGUGAAGACGAGAAUGAUAGUGAUAGUCCUAUAUUCUCCUACUCAUUUGAAGAUAUGCCGAAGUUGGAGGAGGCUGGUUUUGUACUGACAUUCCAAAACAUCAAAAGGUAUUUUGGAUCAAUCACAUCUGUUACGCGGCUUUCUUUAUGCUUAGGAGUCUACAUCGAACCGGCUUUAUAUAGCGAGGGUAUUGUCUUCAACCAUCUCAAACAUCUGAAGAUAUGUUCAUGUGAUUCAAGUUGGUCAAUUUUACUUGCUCGGCUACUCAAGGAUUCUCCUAAUUUACGAGAGAUUGAGGCCUAUCUGAUAGAUUAUCAUCCAGACCGGCGUGUGGAAUUUCCAAAUAAAUGGGACAGUGCACUGAACAGUGUUCCUAGAUGUUUGUUGUCGAGUGUGGAGACUUUCAAGUGGACUGAGAUGUACGCAUUGCAGAACCAGAUGGAUGUGGCUAAAUAUAUCUUAUGAAAUGCUCUCUGCUUAAAGACUGCCACAAUCUUGUUUGCGCCAUCUUAUGCUGCAGACACGGUGGAUGUGAUGAUCCAGGAGUUGUCACUUUCUUCUCGAGGUUCAAAAACAUGCCAACUCAUCUUUGGUUGA